AUGGCAAAUGACAAGGUCAUGCAGCAUGAUACCCCUACCCACCGUGUGCCUCCCAGCACUGUUCCCUGGUGGCAGCAGAGGAACCUUCGACAAUUGUACCUCUUGAUGAUCAUUCUCUUCCUCGCGUCGACUAGUCUAGGUUACGAUGCCAGUCUCCUAAACGGUUUGCAGACGAUGGAUACCUGGGCAGAGUACUUCAACGACCCCCAAGGCAGCCGCCUCGGUCUCUUUGGCGCCCUCCCCGGAAUCGGCACCUUGGCCGUCUUCCUCGUGGCCCCCUACCUCAGCGACGGGCUCGGCCGCCGCAUCGGAACCGCCAUCGGCUGCGCAAUCAUCGUCCUCGGCGCACUGAUCCAGACAUUCCCACCAACCGACAACCCAGACCCGAUGUAUCUCGCCGGCCGCAUCCUCGUCGGUAUCGGCUCUGGGAUCUGCAACGGGGCGUGUCCGCUGCUCAUCACCGAGGUCGCGCACCCGGAUCAUCGCGGGAAGAUCACGACGAUCUACAAUACGCUCUGGUACUUGGGUGCGAUUGUCGCGGCGUGGUCUGCAUUUGGAACCCUCGAGAAUCUAACUGGGGAUCUCCAGUGGCGCAUUCCGACGGCGCUGCAGGCUGCCAUGCCUGGCAUCCAGCUGGCCGCCAUCUGGCUCCUGCCCGAGAGCCCGCGAUGGCUCAUCAGCAAGGGGAAACUGGAGCAAGCGCGGAACGUGCUCGUAAAAUACCACGGCAACGGGGACGAAAACGACGCCUUUGUGCGAUGGGAAUUCGCCGAGAUCCGCGAGACGCUCCGCCUCGAACAAGAGGCUGCAGCGACGGGGUGGGCGGAGCUGGUCCGCACGCGCGGGAACCGUAAGCGGUGCCUGCUCAUCAUCCUGACGGCCAUCUUCUCGCAAUGCAGCGGAAACGAGCUGGUGAGUUAUUACCUCUCCCAAGUCCUGAACACCAUCGGGAUCCGCAACCCGACCGAACAGGCCAAGAUCAACGGCGGGCUGACCAUCUGGUGUCUCGUCGUCUCGCUCGCGGCGGCCUUUCUCGUCGACCGCUUCGGCCGCAAGACGCUCUUCAUGUUCGCGGCCGUGGGGAUGCUCGUCUCCUUUUCCAUCUGGACGGCCUGUUCGGCCGUCUACGAGAAGACCGAGUCUGCGCCCGCGGGCCGCGCAGUCCUGGCAAUGAUCUUCCUCUUCUACGGCGCGGCGGGCGCAGCCUGGCCCGGGUUGACGGUUGCGUACACGGUCGAGAUCCUUCCCUUCAAUAUCCGCGCAAAGGGACUAACGCUGUGUACGUGCGUCGCGGCGCUCGCGGGGAUCUAUAAUCAGUAUGUGAACCCGUUGGGCCUGGCGGCUUUGCAGUGGCGGUUUUAUUUCGUCUAUGUGGCGGUUCUCGUGGUCGAGUGUGUGGUUAUCUGGUUCUAUUUUGUGGAGACGAGGGGGCCAACGCUUGAGGAGAUUGCGGUGCUCUUUGAUGGGGAGGGUGCGAGGCUUGGAGGGGUGGGGAUUUCGUCUGCAAAGGACGAGGGGGAGCAGGCGGCCUCGUAUCAUGCCGAGCAUGGCGAGAGGGGUGAGAAGCCUUGA